AUGACUUCAAUCACGGUCCUUUUUACUGGUGCCAACCGUCCCCAGGCUACGCGGUCAUCGCUAGCAACCGCAAUUCUGCGUAUCCUUUCAUCGCAGGCGUUGGCCAAAUUGCCCAAGGGUGAAGGCAGCAAGCUCAUCGUCGUCGACGCCUCGAUUGAAGUGGACGCCUUACCCGCCGUCAAGGAGCUGCAAGACAAUCACGGCAUCGAUCACCUUGACAUUGUCAUCGCCAGUGCAGGCGUCUCAUAUACCUGGCCAUCUGUAGCCGAGCUGAAGCUCGACGGCCUUCGCGGUCACUUAGACCCGAACGUUUACAGCUUCAUCACUCUCUACCAGGCCACACAGACGCUGCUGCAAAAGCCAUCGAAAGAGCCCAUAUUUACACCCAUUGGAUCUACUGCUGGCUGCAUUGCAUGCGUUUUCCCUCCUCCUCCCCCUCCUCCUCCACUUUCCCUCAACCAACUCUCAAUACCAAACGCGGCUUAUGGCCCCAACAACGCAAUGGUCAACUGGUCCACGGUCCGCAUCAACAGCGAGGAAUCAUGGCUAAACGCUUUAGUUCUCGAUCCUGACUGGUUACAGACUGAUCUUGGUAACGCAGGAGCAUUUCGUUUCGGCGCCGAGCAAGCAGAGACAACUAUUGACGCAUCCUGCAAUGGCAUGAUCAAAGUGAUCAAUGAGUCGACCAAGGAGAAGGAUGGCGGUAAGAUGAUUGGAUGGGAGGGUGGCAUCAGAGGAUACCGGUAG